GAGGUCAGUCGUUCAAGUCGGCUAAUGGGAAAGCUGUCACAGGUAAACGUUGACCGGAGCCAUCCACCAGCAAGUGCAAGGAUUAUAGGAAUUUUUGUGCUAUGGCUUCUAUGGACACCGAUGAGUUAUCUGUGGUUCUCCCAUCCAGUACAACAUCUGGUCUUUCCCUCUCGUUACACCCGCUACCGAUCUUGAAUAUAUCUGAACACCUCACACGAUUGAAACUGCAGACAAGGUCGAAUUCACCUUUUGUGCUCGGAGCUUUACUUGGGACACAGACUGGGCGAGAUGUUGAAAUCGUAAACACAUUUGAACUGGCGACGGAAGCUGGGAAUGAUGAUCAAGUGGAUAAUGAGUUUCUAGUAUCUAGAAGGGACCAGUACAAGCAAGUCUUUCCUUCUCUUGAGAUUAUCGGAUGGUAUACUUUUGCACCCAUCCCAACAUCUCGUCAUAUUGCUUUGCAUGAACAGUUCACUAAAUACUGUUCUACGCCGUUGCUCCUCAUACUUCAACCCUCUUCAAGCUCCACUUCGUCAUCUGAUCUGACAGGCCAAACGCUGCCGCUGAAAGCCUAUGAGCCUACUACUGAAAUCCGAGACAAGAAGACGCGUUCAGUCUUCAUCGAAGCAUCCUUUGUAGUAGAGACCGGCGAGGCUGAGCGUAUCGCGGUGGAUUGGACGGCGAAAGGCGGAGGCGGAGGAACGACUCUGGAAUCACAUCUGCAAACCCAGAGGGCAGCAGUAAAAAUGCUUCACGAGCGUAUCUUAGUACUCGUGCAGUACGUCACAAAUGUCAUAGCAGGUCAAGCUGCCAAGGACCAUACUACACUACGCUCGCUGUCGGCCUUGAUCGCCUCUCUACCCGCGAGUGAAAAUAGGGGUUUCCGCAAUGAAUUUGAAACCGAAUACGAAGAUGUACAGCUAACAGCAUUCCUGUCGACGCUGACAAAAUCAGCCAACAUUCUAAACGACCUGGUCGACAAACACAUCGUUAUGACAGUUGGCAACCGCGACGAGCGGGGGAUUGGGGGUCCCAGAAGAAGAAUGGGUAGACAAGGGACUAUGCCCGGGGAUUGGGGAUUGCAUUCCUAAACAAUGUCCCUCCUUCUGAGCUUCUUUGAUCCCUUGCGGUCCCGUUCUCGUAGCCAAUUCUCACAGUCAUGACUGUAGCAAUAUGUAUCAUCAGAGACACUUAUACAGUACAAGAAUUUCCACCUA